UUGAUGAGGUCAUAUAUUGGACGACAUUAUCUUUGAGGGGCAAGUGUCUAAUGAGUUGUUCCGCAUAAAUGUAGCUGGGGUACGCAGACAAACGCCACAGCCGAACGAUCGCAUCCAAAAUUGGAAGAGAUAUGACAAGCGGUAUUGGGAGAAAGGGUGCAGCUUUAUCGACGUAAGGAUUGUGAGAAUAUGCGGGAAAUACCAAACUUAACCCACCUAUUCAUAAAAUGGACUUGUCCGACAUUGCCGAGGUCGGAUUCUAUUCAGGGAGUCAUCAUUAUUAAAUUAAGAACACUAAUAUCGUCGCAUGAUGGCCAAGAACCUGAUUCAGUCGUUCGAGUCGGGCUGUGUCUUGAACAAGCAACAGAAGAACGUGCUGAUCGUGUAUGCCCACCAGGAACCCAAGUCCUUUAAUGGCGCCCUCUUGCGGAAGGCAGUGGAGACUUUGGGGGCAGACGGUCACAGCGUGGAAGUGUCAGACCUCUACUCCAUGCACUUUGAGCCAAGAUGUCAGAGGACAGAUGUGGUUGGGAGUGUUCAGAAUGAAGGUUUCUUCAAAUAUCAAAUGGAAACGAAAUCAGCAUGGGAAAAUGGCACCCUUUCAGAAGAUAUAAAAGUAGAAAUUGAGAAACUGAAGCGAGCUGAUCUUGUCAUCUUUCAAUUUCCCUUGUACUGGUUUUCUGUCCCCGCCAUCUUGAAAGGCUGGUUCGACCGAGUCUACACCAUGGGCUUCGCCUACGGAAUGGGGAAUAUGUAUAGCACUGGGCUCAUGAAGGAUAAAAGGGGCAUGUUGUCCUUUACUACUGGAGGCCCCGGUGCCGCCUACAAUCCAGAUGGUUUGAACGGCGACAUGAACGUCCUACUGUGGCCCCUACAGAACGGUGUGCUAAAGUUUGUGGGAUUUGAUGUCCUCGCCCCUCAGAUACACUAUUCUCCUGCGCAUGUCAGUGACGAUGACCGGAAGCAGUGGCUGACUGACUGGGCCAAACGUUUACAUAACAUUUUCGAAGAACCGGUACUCAAUUUUGUGGACAGUUCCAACUUUUCAAAUUUCAAGCUGACAGAAGAAUAUCUGGAAGGUGAAUCUUCGAAACAGUUUGGCCCAACCGUAGGCCAGAACAUCGGCAAACCGUACUCAUCGACAGGAAUGCUAAAGCCUUAGAGAUCUCAAAGAGAAACACGUGUAGUGUAAACGCAACGGUCAUCAUUUACUGUUGAUUCUCGUAUAUCCCAAAAUAAAAUUAAAUAGUAAAUCGAGUGUAGCUUUUCGAGAUGAGCUUGGGUCAGUGUUAGCUCAUGAAUUGACAAUAAUCUAUUUUGUUUAUAAGGAUAAUGAUGAAGACAGCUCAUCGUUCAUGCGAUAUCCUUAACGCAUUAGGGCAUGUUAGAAAGAACAGGACGCCGAAAUACGGCUUGUUUAUCAAAAGGGCUUCUGACCCGUUUCUGUCUUUGGUCAACAAAUUGAUGAAGCAUGAAUUUUCGAAUGACAUAUCAAGAGGGACUGUUUACGCUCCAGAGCCUUCUUUCGGCCUAGGUUUGUUUGUUUUUUGUUUAAAGCCGCACUCGGCAACAUCUAAGCUAUAUGACGGCGGUCUGUAAAUAAUCGAUUCUGGACCAGACAGUCCGGUGAUUGAUAUCCUGACUAUCGAUCUACGCACGGGACAUGAUGCCUCUUACGACAAGCAUGUUCUAGAAAAAUGGGGUGGUGGUGGUGAUGGGGGUAAUAAUUGUUCUCAGGUUUUACAGAAGAAAUAAAACUGUUCGUUUUAUGAUUGUGUACAAAAAUAAUUGAAUUGUUCGGUUCCCCCUUUCACAAUAAAUUUGCGUGUUUUGAAGCAAUAAAACUGGUGUAUUUUUAGAUAUCACGAACUUGCAUAGCGGGUCAGUGUGCCGUGGGGUGAAACUGUUCACGGCUCUGCUGAGGGAUUGUGCUGAAAUUUCGAAAUUUGUGAAAUCAAUAAUUCAUUCUGUAACAUCAAUAAUAAAUUCAUCGUCUAUUUGGCGCCUCUAAAGAUAGUGAAAGGGGAUAAACGCGGCUUGUGUUGAACUUGGCUUGGCCUAGUCUGUUUGACAUGUAACAUUUAUCACCCUCGAGGGAUAUUUUAUCAUUGGAGGAAACCCUUAUUCUAGAUUUGCAAUCGUCUUAACUCACAUCUGUCCGUAACCUGCAAGAAGACAGUAUGUCCCAGAAUUGCACGAACAGCUAGAUUUGUGCGUUAUCGGUACCAAACCAAAUGAAUCGUCAUAUAAUCUCCCGUUUUGCUUCUGGAUGCUAGACCAUUCGUGACCAACUCGUGUUAUUCCGGGACAAGCCGCUCUUGCAGGUUACGGAAAGGGGCGAGUGGUGACGAAUGGAUGCUUGACGUCUGAGAGGACAAGAGUCGGCACGAUUAUCCAGUGUGGCAUAUCUUCUUUCUGUUUUGAUAAAUACCCUUGAAAUAUUCGUCAACAAAGCUCCGUUGUGAGCCCGAGUCUACUACUAUCCCGCUCUAAAAUAGCUGUCCAGUCAUAGGACACCAGCGAGCCGGAGAAGGUAGUGCUAAGAUAGAGAAUACGAUGGUGACGUCACUUCCGAAACAAAGGAUGGCCCCAGGGUACAUAUUAUAGAAUAGAGAUGUGUUACCGUGGAUAAUCGAGGAUGAGACUGAGGGGUGGAGUUGUCUCUUAGAAGUGCAACUGUACGACUUCCAAUCUAAUUUGUUUACAUCAAUCGAUCAAUGUUUAUUGUUUCAAGGCUUUGGUUUUGAGCUAGUCUGGUUACAGCAAGACAUCGGCUAUAUAAGAUUAUUAUACUAUCAGAUACCCUUUACCAAACAUGGCAUUCUUCAAUGGAAUUAUCUUCGAAGUGCAGUUACUGUGUUCUGUACAAAUCUAUGUUGAACACAGAACAUUCUUUAACAAAUGACAUUCCACGUGGCAUUAAGAAGUAUAUCUCAAAGUUUAGAUUAAUAAUUUCCGUUUAAAUGUGGAACUUGAAAGACACAGUUACACUCCCCAGUAUUUUCCGAUUUUUGUUUGUCCAAAAAUAUCCAUCUCUAAUAAAAUUCACAUAGCUAAUGCAAACAGGUGAUAAUCUUGUCCUUCAUAUUAUGGGUUUAUUCUUAGCAAAAAAGAUACAAAUUAUGAAAUACCUAAAACCUUUUUGACAUGAAUGAAAUUGUUAUAAUAUAUAUAUAUGUAUGGGGGCGGUCGGGUAGCCUAGUGGUUAAAGCGUUCGCUCGUCACGCCGAAGACCCGGGUUCGAUUCCCGACAUGGGUACAAUGUGUGAAGCCCAUUUCUGGUGUCCCCCGCCGUGAUAUUGCUGGAAUAUUGCUAAAAGCGGCGUAAAACCAUACUCACUCACUAUAUCUGUAUGAACUUUACUCUAGCAUACGUGAUGUAUCAUGCUAUAUUAAUGUAUUAUUGGCCGGUAGCCUGAUUUAUCAUGCUAUAUUAAUGUAUUAUUGGCCGGUAGCCUGAUUUAUCAUGCUAUAUUAAUGUAUUAUUGGCCGGUAGCCUGAUUUAUCAUGCUAUAUUAAUGUAUUAUUGGCCGGUAGCCUGAUGUAUCAUGCUAUAUUAAUGUAUUAUUGGCCGGUAGCCUGAUUUAUCAUGCUAUAUUAAUGUAUUAUUGGCCGGUAGCCUGUUACUGAAAUAAAUUGUCUGUCAGUUUCAACGCCAA